AUGCCUCACCCCAAACCUAUGAAAGGUUGGAUCAGCAACAUGUUUCGAGCAGGAAAAACCCUCGAUGUGAUAACUCUCUUCCACAAGCCCUCUGUCCAAGCCUCUGUGCGAGCGGCUACCCUCCUCAAACAAGCCUCUGCAGCAUCAUCCGCAACUGCAACGGAAGACCAGGCCUCCGACCACAGCGCGCAGGACAAACACUCCAGACGUGAACCCUUCGAGCUUGAGAUCACCGAGUCAGCCCCUACAGCCGACCAGCUCAAGAACAUCUUUGAAUAUGUCGGUAGCUCUGGCAAACCCGGUGAGCUUGUGGCGGGUGCAGCCUCCCAGACCGAUGCAUUGAGGAAGCUGGCGGAGGACGGCAAUGCUUUCCAGAGGCCGGUUGUCGUUGAUUGGAUCAAUGGUCGAGCUGUGGUGGGCGACAACGAGAGUGAAAUAUUGAAGUUGGUGAGGCAGAGUGAGGGUAAAUAA